AGAUAGCCUGUACCCCCAAGCAGACCGGAGAGUGGGAGACUGUCCCCACAAGAGCCACCAACAGGAGAAUGAGCAGAAGCCCGGUGUCUGGACAAAAGCUAGGGUUCCCAUGAAGAAUACAGCCUUGCUAGCAGCCAAUGCCACACCCAGUUUCACAGUCCAUGUAGACGAUUGUGUGGACCAACCUAUGGUGACACCCCAGAAAGGAUCAGUCGUUGACCCACAGGUGUUGAGUGCUCGGAAGCCUGAGAAGCAUGUCAACCCUCUAGCACCCAUGCAGCAGCCAGCACCGACAGGGGGCCUGGAGAUGAGGCCAAUGUACAACAAGGGCAAGAUUUACCGUGGCCUGGAGGAGUUUUCCUUUGAGGAGCUGCGAGGCGCACGCUGGCUGACCAAACAGAAGGCAAAGGAAGACCAGGACAGAAAACUUGCUGAAGAGAGACAGAAAAUAGAAGAGGAGGCCAUUCGUCUGAAGCAGGCAAGGGAAGAGCUGGUGAAUUAUCAUCGCUCAAUCCGGGAACAGUUACAGGCAGAGAAAGAUAAGAUGAUGGAGGAUCUACGAAAGCAGAUGACAUUACAGCAGGAGCACCUAGAGAACCAGAGGCUCACACAGACACAGCAAGCCCAGAAUGCAGUGGAUCAGGACAUACAACAGCGUUUGCAGAGGCAACUCAAUAUUAGCCACACACCAGAUACACAGGAGAACAGCAGUGAAAGACUGACUCGCCAGCUCAACUUUGAUGAUAUGACUUCCCAUGGCAACACAGAGAAUGUGCCUCCUGGUCUGUCAGCACAGCUGCUAGCAUCUCGAGAUGCACGGAGGAAGAUGGAAGCCCCCACAGACCCCUCCACCAGCCUCAACUCCAGUCAGAGGACACCAGUCUUUAACACCUCAGUCAACUCCUUUCAUGGUUCUUCUGGUGCCAGGCCCAAGUCUCGGGGACCCACACCAGACAGCAACAGUUUUUCCCAUCGAGGGAGUUUAGUAGCCCCAUCCCCAACAGUGAACACACAGGAGGCCCUGAAGGUUGUCCGUGGAAUGUUCAAUGCCUCCCUGGACUGUGAGAAACAGUAUGGCUGGCCUGGUGAAGAGCCUACCGGAGAAGUCACUGGAGCUCAAGCUGCUGUGAUAGCCCCUGUUGGUAAUCAGCCCUUUGCCAUCUAUGACGAAUCAGAAGAGCAAGCUGUGCCAAUGAUUACUCAACAGGAUCCAGCUGGUGACAAAGAGAACACGCCCCCCAAGGAUUACAAGCCUGCUCCUCGCCGCCACAACUUGUCAGGCCACUUGCAGCCAUCCAUAGGUCUCCCUGUCGACCCUGAGGGGGAGCAUGAUAUAGUCAUGGUGGAAACUGUCAAGGUUAUGCCAAGUGAGGAUUCUCCAGAUGACUACAUAUUACACAUGCCCAUGACAGACAUGACACUGGCAAAUGUUGGAUCCAGUGAGAGCUUUGCCUCUGCAGCCUGUCUUGCAUCCACCCCUUAUUUAUCAAUGGGGAAGUUACCACAACUGCCGAACCCCCCACUCAGCCAGAUCAAGGCACCCCAGGAACACCCUGAGGUUGUGUCAGCACAGUCUCUGCAGAACCCCCAACAGCCAAGUUUUGAUGUUAGCAUAGCACCACCAUCUAAAACUUCUCUCAGUCCUAUCUUUGAGGGAAGUACAGAGGGCAGUGGGGAAGAGUCCAAGUGUCAUCCCAGCCACCUCAACUCUAAACACCAUGUGACCACUCUAGAGCUUUGCCCCAUCACCAUCCCAGACAGUCACAAGCAUCACGAGAUCGACAUGGCUGACUAUGUGGCUCCUGAGCCGGAUGAGAAGACGGAAGCACUGCUGUCUAUGUCAGUUAUGAUCAACCCUCAUGACCCCUUUGACCAGGCUGAGAUUGAUGAAGUUUUGUCCAGUCUGGAACGUCCUUUAGAGGAAUACAAGAACUACUAUCAUAUCAAUGAACCCUUGCCACAUAUGAUCACAACAUUUGUUCUCCUAGGAACAGAGACGUACAACAUCUCUGAAUGUAUUGGUAAAGGAGGUUUUGGCAGUGUGUACAGGGGAAGAUUAUUUGACAUGGACAACCUUGAUGAUUUAUGUGAUACCGAGGGGGAGGAAAAAGCUCUCAAGGUUCAGAAACCGGCUUGUCCCUGGGAAUUCUAUAUCUGCAGCCAGAUCAGUGAGCGCUUGAAGGAAAUCAGUGAUCCCAUGGAUGUGAGUGAUUCCCUGAUGGCUAUCGACAAAGGUUAUUUCUAUGAUGAUGGCAGCUGUCUCAUCAGCACCUUACACACCAAAGGCUCUCUCCUGUCCCUGGUGAACUAUGUCCGCGUACAAUCGACACUGCGCAAUGAUAUGGAGCCACUUGUGAUGUUCAUGACGAUUGAGAUGAUGCACAUGAUAGAGAAGCUGCACAAGUGUAACAUCAUUCAUGGAGACAUCAAACCAGACAACUUCCUAAUCAGAAACAUCCCCUGCCUAUAUGGUGAGACUACAAAGGAAGAAGUAUUCGGCCGCUCUACACAAACCCUGAAGCUGAUCGACUUUGGACGCAGCAUUGACAUGACAAGAUACCCCCCUGGCACCACCUUCCUGGCAAAGUGCGCCACAGAGGGCUUCCGGUGUAUUGAGAUGAGGACAGACAUGCCCUGGACGUAUCAGACGGACCUGUUUGGACUUAUUGGUACAAUACAUGUCUUGGUGUUCUGUGACUACAUGAAAGUGUACCAAUCACAAGGGGUGUGGCACAUGACAAGUAGCUUCCAGAGGAAGUGGAAUGUUAGUCUGUGGAAGAGCGUGUUCCAUCGACUGCUCAACAUCCCCAGCUGUGACGAGUUGCCGGACCUGGCUGCCAUUCGGUGUGAGCUGGAGGACUACUUCAUGGAAAAUCUUGUUACCAAGUACAACCAGGUGGCGCUCAACAUCACCUCUAACAUGGGUGAAAACUUGAAAUAGUGAUUAUAAAACCAGUUGGCUGAGUAUUGACAUGUACCUUGAUGCAGCCACAUCGUGCUAUAUAUGCUCUCCAGGUACAAGUCAUUAAGUCACAGGUACAGUUAUCACCAAGUACUCUAGAGCACAGGUACAUUUGUCUCUCUUGAAAUCAGAAUUCCAAAACAGGCUUAUGUAUCUCCAUGGAAACAGUGUACCAGUACUCUGCAACACUGAUGGACAUAUGCUCAUGGAAAGUGUACUAGUGCUCUACAACAAAGAUGGAUGUAUCGCCAUGGAAACAGUGUACCAGUACUAUACAACACUGAUGGACAUAUGCUCAUGGAAAGUGUACUAGUGCUCUACAACAAAGAUGGAUGUAUCGCCAUGGAAACAGUGUACCAGUACUAUACAACACUGGACAUAUGCUCAUGGAAAG